GGAGCAGCGCCCGAGCGGCAGGCAGAAGUUAACUUCCACCUGCCCUGAAGUCGCCGCUGCGCCGGCAGCAGGAGGCGGGGGCGGGGGCGGAGGCAGGCGGGGCAGCCGAGGACCCGGCUCUGGCAGGCUCCGAGGGUCCGGCCGAGUGUAAUUCCCCCCUAAUCUCCGCCGCGGCGGCGCUUCCCUGGCCGAGCCAUGUCUGCGGCUUCCCCGCCAUGCCGAGCCUAGCGGGGAGCGGGAGGACUGGCGGCCGGGAGGCGCACAAAAUGAAGACCCUGAUGCGCCACGGGCUGGCCGUCUGCCUGGCGCUCACCACCAUGUGCACCAGCUUGUUGCUCAUGUACGGCGGCAUCGGCAUCGGCGGGGGCCGCCCGGAGCCGCGGCGGCGGCAGCAGCAGGUGGCGGCGGUGCCCAGCCGCCCGCCCGAGCGCGGCCAGCGCCACCCGGCUCUGCCCGUCGGGGCCGGCCUCCUGGAGGGAUACAUCAGCGUCCUGGAGCACAAGCCGCUGAGGAUGCACUGCAAGAGCUGCGCGCUGGUCACCAGCUCCGGGCACCUGCUGGGCAGCGGGCAGGGGCACAGGAUCGACGAGAGCGACUGCGUCAUCCGCAUGAACGACGCGCCCACGCGCGGCUACGGCAGAGACGUCGGCAACAAAACCAGCCUGCGGGUCAUCGCGCACUCCAGCAUCCAGAGGAUCCUGCGGAACCGCAACGAACUCCUCAACAUGAGCCAUGGUGCCGUGUUCAUCUUCUGGGGCCCCAGCAGCUACAUGAGGAGAGACGGCAAAGGCUUGGUGUACAAUAACCUGCAGCUGAUGAACCAGAUACUGCCUCAGCUAAAAGUGUAUAUGAUUUCUCGCCACAAGAUGCUUCAAUUUGAUGACCUUUUUAAACGGGAGACUGGAAAAGACAGGAAGAUAUCCAACACUUGGCUUAGCACGGGCUGGUUCACAAUGACUAUCGCAUUAGAGCUCUGUGACAGGAUAAAUGUUUAUGGCAUGGUGCCACCGGAUUUCUGCAGGGAUCCUAAUCAUCUUUCAGUACCUUAUCACUACUAUGAACCUCUGGGGCCAGACGAGUGCACCAUGUACAUUUCCCACGAGCGGGGCCGCAAGGGCAGCCACCACCGCUUCAUCACCGAGAAGCGCGUCUUCGAGAACUGGGCACGGACAUUCGACAUCCGCUUCUUCCAGCCAGACUGGAAACCAGACCCGCUCCCUGCAACCCCCGCCGGGGCCAGGCCGCUGGCCUGAGGCACGGACACACAGCCCAGCCACGGCACCUCCCGCAGCAGCAGCCUGGGGAGCUUGGGGCCGGCACGGCAGCCUGGAGGAGAAGGGUCCAGGGUGUGCAGCUGGCAGCCGCAGCAGCAGCCAGGAGCUGGCAUGGAGG